AUGGCCGAAACUUUAAUAGAGGAAGGCGAACGUCCAACUACAGAAAGACUAGAGCGACAAGUAAUCGUUCGUCAGGUCACCCCUGAACUCCCAAUACAUUUAAAACUCCUGUUGGCAUCAACAAUCGUUCUAGUUGUACUCGUCUUAGGGACGAUAAUUUAUUUUAUAUACGCUAAAUAUGCAAACGAAUGACAGCAGCGAGAACUACGGAGCAGAUACAGGUGUCUGCUCACAGGUAGGCCGAUAUCUUUGCUUGUUUUAUCCUAUGUCCGCCUCGAUUUGUAAUUCAGAUUCAGCUCGCAAGGUGACGAUUUCGGAUUUUCAGUAAAAAAAACUUCACAAUUUUAAGCGCUUACACGCAACUGGAACUGUUGAAAAUAAUUAUUAACGCUUCGGUUUUUGUUGUCCAAUGCCGAUAUGCCUAUAAGAUUUUUCAAAGAUUUAAAAUUAAACACACAUUCGUAUAGUGUAUCCAUACAAUCGCAAUUUUACAUUUUCAUCCAGAAAAUUAGGGAAACAGCUUUAACUUUGAAAAGAAAUUUACAUUUCGAGGAUAAACAAUAUUCCAUUCUCUACAAGCCUAAAUUGACGUGCACUUCAAAAUGAAAAGCGAUAAUUUUGGCAAGUUUUGAAAACCUUCUCAUUAAAUAUUCACAUGAAAAGCAGGUUCUUUCCGAAUAUUUUAAUUCCAGUCGUGUUGGUGUAGAUCAAAUUUUCCUGAAGAAAACAUGAGUUUGAAGCUCAUCCUUCACGUUUGCCAAACAAAAUUAACGCUUAUUUCUUUUUUUAUUUCCUCUCUGUCAGUUUACUAGUGAAGAUGCACGGAACGACUUGGAUUUUGCCGGAAAACAGAUGUUUUGUAAUGAUGAAGAGUUUUGGUAAUAUUUUACACAAUACCCAUAAAUGUCCUUGGCUCUAAUUACCUAUUCUAAAGGGAAAAAACUAAUUUGGAAUGUUAUUUAUGUAAUAGUCAGAUUUGACGGCAAAAAAAUAUAUUUUGUCGAGACUUUCGGUAACCAUGUGAACAUUUAUGCUAAUUCCAUUCUGACAGAAAUGAGUUUUCGCGUUUUAUUUUGACUUAACGUGAUUUCGGCUUCAACCCAGAAUUCGGCAAUCAAUUAGUUUCACGUGAAAAGAAAAUUAAAGAAAAAGCGUUUUUUCGGUUUUUCAUAAAAAUUAUGUCGAACUACCAGCUCUGUACGGUCGUUCAUCACCUCAGGCUCUUGCAUAUUCCGUGUAGUUUAUCUAGAUUAUCAACUUCAGGAUUGUUAAAAUAAUAUAAUAAGCUGCUUCGGAACUUAGUAAAAUGUACAUUUAAAACCACCGAGACUAAACAAUGUAAUAGCAGUUUUAAUUAUCCAUGGCAAAAAGGAUAUUACUUACAGCUUAUAAUGAACCAUUUCCAUUAUCUUAAUGAAUAGCACCACGGAAAAAGCCCACAAGGAUGCGAAUGGAUCGCCACAAACCAAGGCGCAAUGGAAUGUAAGCAGGUUAUGUUUCAGCUGUAUAUUUUGCACACAUACCUGAAUGCUAAAUGUUGAAACGUUUUCAAAAAGGCCUUCUUCGAAAUAUUUUUAAAUCCAAAAAGAUUACAUUCAUACCUCUCUUAAAGUUUACUUGAGCAAGUACAGUCUAUUUUUUUUAAGUAUAUCACGUUUCCAAACUAAACUAAAUCAAUGUUACUGCGACAAAUUAACUUUUCUGAAUUAUUUGUCUUAGGACUUCACUUUCAGCAGUGAUGAUCAAGGUCAAACUGGUGAUUCUGAAAGUAAGCCAUACACAGCCAUAUGAGUUUAAAAUGACUGCUGAGCCAUAUUUGCUUGGCUCAAGCUAGCAGUUGAUGCUUACCAGUAAUUGCAAAAAUAGAAGUGUCAUAUCGGGUUAAGGGUUAAACCCACUCGUGACAAAUCAAGUGGACUGAGAAAAGUGGACCCUCCCCCAGAUUACCAACAAUCACGCAAAAGAAAUCAAAAGGCAUUGCGGAGAGACUAUGGUUUGAGCCAGACUCCACUAAAAUCCACUAAGACAGUGUUAAUCUUUAACUCAAUCAUAAUUUCAUCUGGUGGGUUACAGGGUUCAAUGUACUUGGUUUGGGCAUGGAAACAUUAUCAUGGUUGAACUGGUUCAUCAUUUUACUUGGCACUGUAUUCUUAGAGAGUACCACAAAUUAAUUUCCAUUCAUGCAAAAAGACACCAAAAAGUUUUUUUUGUGCGUGUGUGUGUGUGUGGUCAAUUUUUUAACCACUCAGGCUCUUUGUUACCCGCUCAUUAAUUAUAUCUUGCCAACCUUCUAUGAUACAAAUCAUUUUGAGGAAAUAAAAAUGUCUUUCACCAACAGCAUAUCCUGAUACCUAUGAAAACAUGAUAUCAAGGAUGGGUGAAAUUGAGAAGACUUUGGCAACUGUUAAAGAAACAUUAUCCACAGCAAGUGGUUAGUAUGAAACAAUCAACAGUACGGAUGAAUGAAACCAGAGAAGCAUGGAAAGUAAUUCAAUACUCUUUUCCUUUUUUCUCAACAGUGCGUUGCCAUCUGCUUAAUGUUGAUGUUGUUACAAUGUUUAGUCCAGAAAUGCUGGACAUCCUGAACAAAACGAAGGAACAGUGUGAAGACUGUAUAAAAGCAAUGAAGACUUUGUCUGCUGAGGACUACUGACCAAAAAAACAAAAACAAAAAAACAAAACAAAAAAAUAUAUAUAUACUUAAUGAGAGGGCUCAUGAGUAAUCUUAAAAUUCCUACAAUGCGUUUGGAAGAGGCAACUGAAUAGCUAUUCUUUGUUUAUUGCACAAAACAUAACUGUGCCAUAUGUAAUUUGUAAGAAUAACAUGGCAUAGAGGAUAAUGAUAAUUUCCAGCCGUAUUUUGAUUAUGCAAAUUGCAUGGUACACAAUUUUCACAUGUGACCUGGUUGUUGAAAAAUAGAAGUGGCCUGAAAGCCCUUGUUCAAUGUCAUUUUGGUUUGCGAUUGAUGAUUCAGAUUAAUUUCAAUUCUUGGUGAAGAAUUAUAAAUUUGAAGAAUUGCUUCAUUUAAUACUUUGUACACAACAAUGAGUUGUUGAUACUAUUUAUUUCUGAUAUACAAUUUAUCUUGCAGCUAAUAUUUUACAAUGUUGCUAUUUAUACAAUAAACAUG